AUGGAAACUUGCUUCAUCAUCAUCAUCACCAUUUCUCUACUUCUUGGAGCUCUUUUUAACCGCCGCUCUUCCACCUCCAAAACACAAUCCCAAGCUCUCCCUCCAGGCCCUCCCAACAUUCUCAUUAUCUCCACCAUCCUAUGGUUAAGGCGAAACCUUUUUGAGCUUGAGCCGAUCCUCCAUAACCUCCACACAAAGCUCAGUCCGAUGGUCACUCUCAAUAUUCUUUCUCGUCCCGCCAUUUACGUCUCCGAUCGUUCCCUCACCCACCAGGCCUUAGUCCAAAGUGGUGCUUUAUUCGCCGACCGCGCCGAUGCUCAGACCGUAAUCGGCAAGGUUAUAAGCGGCAAUCGACAUAGCAUAAGCUCAGCUUCCUAUGGUCCGACUUGGAGACUUUUGAGGCGUAACCUCACAUGCGAAAUCCUCCAUCCUUCGCGUGUCAAAUCGUAUUCUCAUGCUCGAAAAUGGGUUCUUCAAAUCCUGUUGGAUUCUUUCACUUCGAGCUCGAAAACUGGAAGACCGAUUCGUGUGGUUGAUGAAUUUCAACACGCUAUGUUUUGCUUGUUAGUGCUGAUGUGUUUCGGUGACAAGCUUAAUCGAGAUCAGAUCAUAGAGAUCGAAACUGUGCAGCGGCGUUCGCUAAUAGAGUCGGGCGGAAGAUUCAGAAUACUCAACUUUUGGCCCAAGGUGACUUGGUUUUUGCUUCGUAAACGUUGGAAUGAGUUCCACAAUGCCAUUGAAGACCAGAAGGUGUUGGUUCGUCUGAUAAGAGCCCGAAAGAAAUCGAAAGACAGCGACGUCUCGGCGUACGUCGAUACGUUGCACGAUCUUCGACUUCCGGAGGAAAAGAGGAAACUAACGGAAAAGGAAAUCAUCAGCUUGUGUUCCGAGUUUCUGAACGCCGGAACAGACACUACUUCUACUUCCACUGCUUUGCGGUGGAUCAUGGCAAACAUGGUGAAAUAUCCUCAUGUUCAAGAGAAACUAUUCAUGGAAAUCAAAGAGGUAGUGGGAAACCGACAGAGAGAGGUGAAUGAAGAUGAUCUGCAGAAGCUUCCAUAUCUGAAAGCAGCCGUCUUGGAUGGACUAAGAAGGCAUCCACCAGGUCAUUUUCUUUUGCUUCACAUAGUGAGAGAAGGCACAGUAUUAGGAGGUUGCUUGGUGCCCAAGAAUGGCACCAUUAAUUUCAUGGUAGCAGAAAUGGGGUGGGAUCCAAAAGUAUGGGAAGAUCCAAUGGCAUUCAAACCAGAGAGAUCUCUAAGCAAUGGAGGAGUAGUGUUUGAUAUAACAGGAAGCAGGGAAAUCAAGAUGAUGCCAUUUGGGGUGGGAAGGAGGAUUUGCCCUGGACUGGCCUUGGCGAUGCUUCACCUAGAGUAUUUUGUGGCCAACUUGGUGAGGAAUUUCGAAUGGAAAAUCAUGGAUGGAGAUGAUGUGAGCCUGGAGGAGAAGCAUGACUUCACUGUGGUCAUGAAAACUCCAUUGCAGAUCCAAAUUUAUCCUAGGAAAAGUUAAAAGAAACUGCUGCAAUUUUACUAGGAUUAUAUAUAUAAGAAGUAUAAUAAUUAAUCCUUCAAAUGCAUGGAUUGUAAACCUUCUACUUAUACCUGAAUGAUAUAGUAACUUUCUUCUAUAAUUGUGACAACAACUUUUAUUA